AUGGGUCUGAAGGCAGUACAAGUUGCCUCGCUUUUCACGGCAUCCUCAACAGGAGUAAUCAAAACUGUAAUCAACUCUGUUGCUGAGAUUACCAAGCCCAACGCCGAUGCACCUGGGCCUCUCGCCGUCGUACUAGGAUUCGCCUCUCUACACGCCCUAGGACUCGGUCUCUCGCAACUCAUCUUCAGGCUAUCCAGCCCGCCUCUCCAUAGACUGUGGUAUAACGACGACAUUCUGUACGAGAUAUUCUCCUAUCUAGAACCGGCGGACGCCGCGCAGGCGGGGCUCGUUUGCACACACUGGCACCGGAAUGCGACACACGCGUCCUAUCGAGAGGUCACCAUCCACACAUCCUCCACCUUCUCGCGCUCGCUCGCGCGCACCCUCCUGCUUAACCCGCGCCUCCGCCGCCACGUGCGCCACCUGACCGUCGUGCACUGCGCAUGGCAUCCCCAGGACCACCUCUACGAGUGGGUCCGCCUCCUCCCGCCUAACUCUCUGCGGACAUGUCGCAUAUUCGGCGUCCCCGAUGUUACCAUGAAGCUGCAGGCCAUGACAGCAGUGCUCAAGGCGCGCACGGAGGUCGCGUACUUCGGGUACAAAUACCCUGAAGACGUGCUCCGGGACAACAUCGCCACGGCCGUCAACCCCGCUCGGCGGCGCUGGCUGCAGAAGAUGCUCGCAGCGGACUGGCUGCUGGACCGGCUGAGGCGGUACAAAGACGACAUCGCGGCCGUCUCGCCGCGUCACUCGUUCCCCGACGCGAUCGACCGGUUCGCGGAUGGCGUACAGCUCGCGUUCCGAAGCCCGGCGCAGCUAUAUGUGGUUGCGUCCAUGUCGGACGCGGAGGGCAGGAUAACGCGCGAACGCGUCGACGCGGUGCUGGACGUACUGGGCAAAUUCAUCAAUGCGGCGUCCAUACUCUCGGUCACCCUUACCUACGACGCGCCGCAGAGUCAGCUAACCGCGGAGACGGACGACGAGCCUACCAGCAAGUACUUCGCGCCGUUGCGGUGCUUGUGCGUGUCCGGGGCUUCGCUGGACGACGCAGACUUCCCGUCGGACACGCUGCUCGUGGGCAUAGCGGGUGGGACCCGUACGCGGCUUACAGUUGCAGCCGCGAAGGCAAUUGUCGAUAGGGUGUGGAGGGGGACGAUGCCGGAUGGCCGGCGGCUGCGCGUUGUGAGGAUCCAGAUCAAGCACGACAGGCCGAUGGAUGACCUUGUAGAGCCUUGUGCCGCGUGUGCGUUGUCCGAGUUGCACACAUACUACUUGCUUUGAAUGUGCGUGCCUCGGCGUAUCGUUUGUGUGGAGAAUGUCAGCUAGCUUCGCUGUCGGUAGUGCAUCUUAGAUGGAUAUGUGCUACCGUACAUGUACAGUCUGUAAUACGUCGACUUCGCACUUGGGUUUCUAGAUACUACCGCCAUCAG